AUGUUAUCAAAACCCUUACCAUUUAAAAAGCCUAAAAGUGUGUUUAAGGUUAAAGAGUUGAUCGUGUUGUCCAACGUAGAUGAAGAGCAUCUUAUCCGAUUGCUCAACAAUGGUCCAGUGGCAAUUUCUAUAGUAUACCAUGUAGAUUUUGCAAAAUUUACCGGGGACGGUAUCUAUGAAGGUCAUGGGGAGGAUACACCCGAUCUUGGCUACCAUAUGCUCCUAUGUUCCGGCUAUGGAACACUUAACGGUGUACACUACUUUAAAGUUCAAAACUCAGCUGGCCUAAUUGGGGAAACAUGGGAUUCGGAAAGAUAA